AACGACGACGACGAUGGAGAAUGGUGGUGAGAUUACGUAAUUGUGAUCACGAUCGCGAUCUUGACCCCAAGACUUGAAGACCUAGCUUUGUUUUUGCAGAAGAUCGCGUGGUAAAAACUUCUCCAACUGUUCAACCCUUGUGGAUCGUUGAUUCUUGACGGAGCCAUGCCUCCUGCUUAUUUUGAUUUGAUCAUCAACCAUAAGGGAAAAGUUGCUAGACUACCUAACAUUGAUCCUGAUAAGUAUUGCUAUUUUGACUUGGUGGUUGAUGUAAGUGAGAAAUUACAGUCUCAUUAUCCCUCUGGGUUAGGGUUAGCAAUUUCUAUCUUUUGUGAACUUCCUGGUACUGGGUAUAGGAUUGACCUUGACAAUGACAAAUCCCUCGUGGAUAUGUUCAAUCUUGAUGGUGUUCCUAGCACAUUGAACUUAUUUGUAGAAGUGGAGUCCCCCAAUUUAUGUCAGGUAGAGCACCCUAGUGUGGUGGAUGUAGAAGAUGUGGAGGUGGUAGAUGCAACCCAGGAUGGCCAUGUAUAUGGUUAUAAUGAUGAGGAUGAUGAUUGGAAUCUGGAUAAGGAAGGGGAGGUAGGGGCAGAUGAUGGGGGCAGGCUUAUGUAUGAGAUUAGUGGGGUAGAUGAUGAGGGACUUAGUGACUACCAAUCGGGUGAUGAUGAGGGCAACAUGUCCAGUGGGAGUGAUGAGGUUACAAAGCAUGGGGCUGGGUUUGAUAUAAGUUAUUAUGGGAAGGAACCUUAUGUGGACUGUGAGGGAGAAGUUGUACUAGAGGAAAAACUGAUGUUUACUAAUGUGGAUGCCUUUAGGGACAAGCUUAGAGACUACACAGUGGAGAAAGGGUUUAAGAUAGUGAGGGUCAAAAAUGAGAAGGCUAGGGUAACUGCACAUUGUGAUGUUAAGGGGUGCCCUUGGAGGAUUCAUGCUUCCCCACUUCCGAAUGGGAUAUCCUACCAGAUUAAGACAUACACACCUGAGCACACAUGUACUAUGGUUAACCACAAUGAGGAUGCAAACUCUACUUGGAUAGCAAAGAAACCGCUCAAGGAUUUCAAGGAGAACCCACAACUUGAUUUGGAUGGCAUGCAAGAGAAAUUGAAUGGUUGGUUUGGCAUUGAGUCAUCUAGGAUACAACUUUAUAGGGCAAGAAGGAAGUGUAUGGAUGAGCUUGAGGGUAGUCAUGGUGGCCAGUAUAAGCUUCUUCCAACCUAUGAUGUAGAGGUUAGGAAGACCAACCCUGGAAGUUUGAUCAAAAUGGACUAUAAUAAGCCUUUUCCCACCCAAAAUCCCAUGUUUGGGAGACUAUUUGUUUCAUUUGCUGGUAUGAUAAAGGGAUUCUUGAAUGGAUGUAGGCCUUUCAUAGGGGUGGAUGGGUGUCACCUUAAGGGUCCUUAUGGGGGUGUCCUAAUUUCUGCUGUGGCAUUAGAUGGUAACAAUGGGCUAUUUCCUCUUGCUGUUGCAGUGGUAGAAAGUGAGAAUAAUCAAAGUUGGGGUUUUUUCCUUGAACUUAUUCGGGCCAUAAUUAGGGCUAGUGGACAGAAUAGGCCUUGGACCAUUAUGAGUGACCAACAAAAGGGGCUGGAUAGGGUUGUUGCACAUUUAUUACCCGAGGCCUCACACAGAAAUUGUGCAAGACACUUGUUUAAUAAUUUCAAGGCAAAAUACCCUGGCCUUGCUCUAAGGAAGCAAUUUUGGAUAGCUGCCAGGGCCUACAACCAGAGGAAAUUUGAUGAUGCAAUGGCUACAAUUAAGGAGUUAAACACAGAGGCACAUGGUCAUCUGGUCAAACUUCCAGUCAGCUCAUGGGCAAGGCAUGCAUUUGAUGAUAGGGUGAGGUCUGAUCAUAUCACAAACAAUGGGGCUAAAUCAUUCAAUAAUUGGCUUGGCAAUCUUAGAGGAAAGCCAAUUCUCACCAUGUUAGAAGGUAUAAGGUGUAAAGUCAUGUCUAGAAUCCAGACUAGACAUCAAAAGGGGGUGGCAUGGACACAUGGGAUAAUAGCAAACAUAAAAAAACUGUUGAUCAAAGUAGGGAGGGAAGCAAGGCACUGUAAGGUAGAAUAUUGUGGUGGAACAGAGUAUGAUGUGAUGGACAAUGGGGUCAGACACUUGGUUGACUUAGGGAGGAUUGAGUGUGUGUGUGUGUGUGUGUAG